ACUGCCGCAAGCACCACGGCCGUGGCCACACCGGCACUCACUUCGCCAGCGGUCGGGUCUCCCGUUGAAGAGACGCCCCCAGAUUCCGCCGCCAUCACGCCGGUCACAUCAAACUAUGCGAGUUCAGGGCCUCCUUCGUCUUACUUUGCAAAUCAGGCUCCGGCAUCGACCCCAACGAACAAACGUCCAAGAAUGAGUUCCCACGGCACUUUCGGUCCUCGGCCUCUGACAGGACGAACUUCAUCCAGUCUCAUGACUGGUGGCCUCGGCGGACCAGCACCCGCAAAGAGAGGUUAUGAUGUACCCAGCAACGCGCCUAUUCCGCACAAUCAUGCUAGACCGGGUGGUCCUCGCUCGUUUACGGGACCUAUAGGUUUCAGCAGGCCACCCGUCGGACGGUCUUUCACCAGUACACUAAGUGUUCCGCAGCCCUCAAAACUGUCAACAGUCCAGUAUGCCGAGGAUGUACGUUUGCCAGACCAGAUGCCUGAUAACUUCACCACCAGAAGUUCCGGACAUUCGACUCCUUCAGCGAGCCUGCCACCUUUUAGGCCCCCAAAGACCAGUGCCGAGGCGGCACCUGUGCCUGUGGAGGCCGCUACAAUGACGCCGGCAAUUCGCGUGUCUCCUGCGUCUCCCGAAGGGCCAUGGCCUUACCCGACAUCAGAAGCGACUCCAAGAGCUCAAAGUCCACCCGAGAGAAUGCUCGAGACGCUGCCCGUACCCAUGCCUGGGUGUCUUCCAAGUCCGUACUGGGUCAUGCGGAAGGCCCAACAUGCACAAAGAAGCAAAACUCCGCUCGCCUCGUCAAACGAGCACGCUGCCAGUCAGCUGCGGUGCCAGGCUAAGACAGUUCCGGCGCCAUAUUUUGAAGAUGUUCCUGAUGAGGGCGAACCGUCGCGACAAUAAAAAAGAUGUGUAGAUAGCCAACCUCUUACUCUAGUUUUCGGAGGAACAUAAUGUACUUUUGUUGCUGCUACGAGUACCUCACAUCCUGGUGUGCUCUCCGUUGCACCUGGUGAUCCAA